UCCGCCCGCCGGGUGCAUGGACAGGAGCUCCCUGCUGCAGCUCAUCCAGGAGCAGCUCGACCCCGAGAACACCGGCUUCAUCGGGGUGGAGACGUUCGCCAGCCUGGUGCACAGCCAUGAGCUGCCCCUGGACCCCGCCAAGCUCGACAUGCUGGUGGCCCUGGCACAGGGCAACGACGAGGGGCAGGUCUGCUAUCAGGAGCUGGUAGACCUGAUCAGCAGCAAGCGCUCCAGCAGCUUCAAGCGAGCCAUCGCCAACGGGCAGCGGGCGCUGCCCCGGGACGUCCUCCUGGACGAGACCGGCCUCGGCAUCUACAAACGCUUCGUCCGCUACGUGGCCUAUGAGAUCUUGCCCUGCGAGAUGGACCGGCGCUGGUACUUCUACCAGCACCGCACCUGCCCGCCCCCCGUCUUCAUGGCAGCCGUCACCCUGACCCAGAUCAUCGUGUUCCUGUGCUACGGGGCCCGGCUGAACAAGUGGGUGCUGCAGACCUACCACCCCGAGUACAUGAAGAGCCCCCUGGUCUAUCACCCCGGGCACCGGGCACGCGCCUGGCGCUUCCUCACCUACAUGUUCAUGCACGUGGGGCUGGAGCAGCUGGGGUUCAACGCCCUCCUGCAGCUGAUGAUCGGGGUGCCCCUGGAGAUGGUGCACGGCAUCCUGCGCAUCAGCUUCCUCUACCUGGCCGGGGUCCUGGCAGGCUCCCUCACCGUCUCCAUCACGGACAUGAGGGCCCCCCUGGUCGGGGGCUCGGGGGGGGUCUAUGCCCUCUGCUCUGCUCACCUCGCCAACGUCGUCAUGGUCAGCCAGGGGACAAAGGGACACAGAGCGGGGGGACAGGGGUGGACAGUGGGCAGCACGGUGGGGGGUGCCAUGGGGUGA